AGGCCAAUCAAGUCUGGAGUCUUGAGCAGAGGUGUAUAAAUUUGAGGUGGUUGUCUUAGAAACGUCCACUACCGAAGAGUUGAACGCAGGAUUCCGCGAAAUCUCGUAAGGAAAACUUGCUGCGAGCAUCGAGUUUCUACAAAGCAAUUUCCAGGUGGCUUUCCCCCUGCAUGCAAUUUGGAUAUUGCAAUGUCUGAAGUGAACGUCUGCCCCCCUGUGAGUGGAAAUCCCCCUCCACCAGAGGUCAUAAAUUCCAAGAGGCCUGGACGUGUAACCAAUCAGCUACAAUAUCUGGAGAAGGUGGUGCUCCAAGCUUUAUGGAGGCAUCAAUACUCAUGGCCUUUUCAUCAGCCAGUGGAUGCAGUGGCACUGUGUCUCCCAGAUUAUUAUACAAUUAUUACAAAUCCUAUGGAUCUUGGCACCAUUAAGAAGCGGCUAAAGAAUAGUUACUACUGGCAAGCAGUUGACUGCAUAGAAGACUUCAAUACUAUGUUCACCAACUGCUAUGUGUACAACCAGCCUGGGGAUGAUAUUGUUUUUAUGGCAAAAACCCUCGAAAAGCUUUUUCUGCAGAAACUUUCUAAAAUGCCUCAGGAAGAGUUCGUGGUAGAAGUCACUACAAAGGACCUACAAAAAGGGAAACACUCUAAUGCAGAUGCAUUAAAGCACCGAUCCCUCAUGUCAGAGGUUGUUCUUCAGCAGACUGUGACAGUCAUUCCUCCAGAUGUCCCUCAGUCGAGCCUACCCAUCCAGCUCUCUGCACAAACUGACUCAACACUAAGCACUGAAAUGAGCAAAAAAGGUCUCAAGCGGAAAGCAGACCCCACCACCACCUCAGUGAUCACCAGCAGUGAAGUCUCCCCUGCUGAACAUUCAGCACCUUGUAUGCUGAUCUCCCGCAGAGGCAGUGGAAGGCCCAUCAAACGUCCUAAGAAAGACUUGCCUCUCUUUGAGGCCAAGAAGGUCAGACUGUCUGAGCAGCUCAGAUGCUGCAAUGAUAUCCUGAAGGAGCUGCUCUCCAAGAGGCACUCUGCAUAUGCAUGGCCCUUUUAUGUGCCAGUUGAUGCGGCUGCUUUGGGUUUGCAUGACUACCAUGAUAUCAUCAAGCAUCCCAUGGACCUGAGUACUAUCAAGAAAAAGAUGGAUCAACGAGAGUACGGAAAUGCAAAAGAAUUUGCUGCCGAUGUUCGCUUGAUGUUCUCCAACUGUUACAAAUACAAUCCACCUUCAAAUGAGGUGGUACACAUGGCAAGAAAACUUCAGGAAGUUUUUGAGGCUCGGUAUCUGAAGCUUCCCCAUGAAGCAGAGUCCUGUCAGACACCACAUCAGCAAGAAAGGGAAAAAGGAAACCGAAAUGGAAGUCUGUCAACUUCAGAAAGUUCUGACAGCAAAAGCUCAUCAUCUGAGGAAGAAUUUUCAUCCGAAGAGAUAGCCACUCAGCUCGCCAAUCUGGAGGAUCAGUUGAAGGCUGUCAGUGAUCAGCUGAAGAAGUUUGUCCAGGAUCCCAUGAUGAAAUCAAGGAAGAGAGAAAAGCUGAAAAAGGAAAAGAGAUCAAGGGAAAAGGAUAUAGCUCGGCUAAAGAACAAAUCCUUGAAAUACAAAUCUGUUGUUCAAAGAAUCGCAACCAGCAGGAGCUCUUCCUUGAAAGAAACCAGACCUCCUAAUCUCUGGGAAUCCAUGGAAGAUGAGGGUUCAGCCCCAUUGGCACCAAUUACUUACCAGGAGAAGAAACAGUUAAAACUGGACAUCAACAAGCUGCCUGGUGACAAACUGGGCAAGUUGGUGAAAAUCAUCCACACCAGGGAGUCUUGUCUGCGAGAUUCUACUCUGGAGGAGAUUGAAGUUGACUUUGAAAUGCUCAAGCCUUCCACACUGCGAGCUCUGCAGAGGUUUGUCGCAGAGUGUCUGACUAAAUCCAUCAAGAAUGUAACCAAAAAAAGACCAAAGCCCACAGGAGCAAUGCAGACUGCAAAACUAAAGGAUGGCGGAACGUCUCAGACUGUCGGCAAAGACCAGCACUUAACUGGUAAAAAGAGGUCAUCAGCUCAAGUCGUGGCCUCUCCUGGUCUCAGCUGCUCCUCAAGUGGGAGCAGCAGCAGCAGCUCAUCCGACAGCAGCAGCUCGAGUAGUCUUUCUACCGCCUGUGAUGUCAGUGACACUGAAUCAGUGCUGAAAAAGAGAAAGUGGAAAUCUAAAGACCAUUGCCAAAAGGUUAACAAAAAGGUGAGACAUGCUGCUGGUAAACAGAUGUUGGGAGGAGCAGAUUUAACGAAAGCAUCCGUCAAGACUUGUCAGCUUCUUGCUAAUGGGCAGUCUGUAAAGGAAGCAGACAGGGAAGGACAUCCAGCACAGCACGACGCAGCGCUAACCUGUGAUGACUUCACUUUAUCGCCUCCAGAUUUGUCUGCACUUUUAUCCCCCAUGGGAUCCCCCAUGGGAUCUCCCGUAGAUCCACUGGACUGGGCUGCUGCAAGAUUUGAGCAGGGUCCAGUGUUGUCCCCUCUUGGAGACAGCCCUCUGCAAACCAAAGACGAAAUAAGACCCAAUUUCAGAUACACUGCAGAUCUUCCUGACAACCAGUUGAUUAAUGUGCCUAACACUGAUGCUGCGAGUAAAUCUGCUGAGGGUGAAAAACCCCAAAUUCCCAAAAAGGAUAUUGUGGUGAAAAACACCGAGCCUUGGGUGAGAUUGGGAAGACAGAGAGAGACGGUGAUGCCACCUCCAAUCAAGUCCUCAAAAGAGAGCUUCCAGAUGUUUCGUGAAAAAGCACUGAAAAAGAAAUUGUUGGAUGAAAGCAAAGAGAUCGAGGUUCCUGAAAAGACCAGUCUACAAGUCGCAUGUAAAUCAGAACAAAACCCACAGCCUGUUAAGGAAGUUUCGGGUUUGCCUGGAAGUAUUUGCACAGAAGGUCCCUGGGAUGCUCCCAAACAUGUUGAACAGCAAAAGUCUAAAGAAACGCAACCUCUAACCACACAGUCGUCUUUAGAUAAAGAAAGAGAGCUGGCCCGCAAAAGAGCGCAGGAACGUCGCAAGCGAGAAGCAAUGUCUGGUAUCGACCUAACCUUGCAACGGGAUGUCAUGACUAGAUUUGAGCUUGAACUUUGAACUGGACAGAGAUUUAUCUGAAACGUGUUUGAUGUCUUGAUAGUUUUUUUUUUUUCCCUUUUGAUGCCCUGUACAUGUCAUUAAACCUAAUAAAAUAAAUGCUUCAUUUGUGGGGGUGGUAGUAAUUUGAGCCCUUUUCAAACAUCAUUAUAUCAUACUGUUAAGAAUUAAUUUUGUUAAUGUUCACGCAGAGAGUUUGAUCGGACAUGUUAGCGAUGGAGGAAACCACAGUAUACACACAAUGUUUGCACUUUUGCAACAAGCAUAUUUUAAUAUGCUCGUCUUUAUUUAGUGGAGUAGUUGGAAAAAAACAUUUUAGUUUUCUCUGCACGGUAUGUCCUUCUGUUUGUUGUAUAAUGCUGCUGAGAGGAUUAAAAGAGGAACAUUUUAAUCUUAAUGCACUUUUGAAACGAAACUGUUGAGAUACAAAUGCUAUUAUGUACAUGUUAUUGCAUCCCAAAGAUGUGGGAAAGACCUGGCGAGAUUGAUGUUGUAAGCAUUACGGAAACCUGACCAGGUGCUCUUUGGCACAACUUGACAAAAUGUUGAGGCGCCAUCAGGUGAAUGUAAAGUCGUGCACAUCUUAAAGGGGCUUUAAGUGCAAAUGGAUUUAGUCCUUACUUAGCAUUUGAUAAAUGCCUGCACUAGUGCCCUCUGGAUUUUUGCCUGACUGGCGUUAAAGUGCCUUCAUUAAAGAGUUAUGUUUUUCUCUACUGUUCAGAGGUUGAUAGAUAUGCAUGGUAAGCUAGUUCAUAUCCCAUGUACUGCAGUUUCAAUGCCACCUUGUUGAGUUGUCUACUUAAACAUGCAGCGGUUGUUCUGGUAUUAAAUGUUAAUAUCCUGUAAGUGUUUACCGUGGUUUUGUUAAUACUGACUUAAAUAUACUUGAAAUGUAAACAGAAGACUGUAGCAUGUUUACACACUGACUUUUUUCUUCUUUCAUAAAAUAUUCUUGGAUUUAAAAAAAAAAGAACUGAGCCAGGAAAAAAUAUUACAGUACCAAAGUUUUCUUUGUGCCAUUGACUUCUCAGUUCCUUGAGUACUUGAAAUGCCAAAUAUUGUGUUAGCUGUACAUGCACUGCACUUUGUUAUUCAUGCCAUUUUUUUCUUACUCAAUAAACCUUUUUCACUAAA